AUGUCUGCGUUUUUGCUCAGGCUCUUCCGCGUGUGCGCCUUGACAAUUCGCUUGACUGUGGCGCGAGGAUACAGCUUGGGCGUGACCACCAUGUUUGCGAAUGAAGCUAUCACCGGAAAGCAAGCUGCAGCUGCAUCGCCGGCCAUCGCAGCGACAUCUUUUGCCUGGUUGACGGGGGAGCUGCUGCUUAAAAGGGAAGGCGCAACGACAUCCUUGGAUAACCACACCAGGACUCAAGCUGAGCACGGCAAACCCACCAUGCGUUUCGGAAAGACACUCAAGACGUCAAUUUAUGCGCCAUGGAAGGAACAUUAUAUCGAGUACCAUAAGUUGAAGCGGUUGCUGCGAGAACACGAGGCGAAGGUUCAAGGAGACCAAGCCCAAUGGACUGAGGAGGACGAGGAGAAUUUCGUCCAAGAGCUGGUAAAUGUCCAGCUUGAUAAAGUCAAUGAGUUUCAAGGCAAACAAUGCGAGGCAAAAUUGGAGCCGCUGACUCUUGACGCCGACGUUAGCCACAUUGGCGAAGAAGAGAAGGAAACCAUUGCACGGGAGGCCCUGGAGAAGCUGGAUGGGAUCACUAAGGAGCUGAGCGAGCUCGAAAAGUUUAGCCGCAUCAACUUCACGGGCUUCUUGAAAGCUGCCAAGAAACAUGAUCGAAAGAGAGGUGCACGGUACAAGGUCAGACCGUUGCUCCAGGUGCGGUUGUCCCAGCUGCCCUUCAAUUCAGAGGAUUACUCCCCGCUCCUAUACCGUCUAUCCGCAAUGUAUUCGUUUGUUCGCCAGAUCUUGGAUUUUAGCCCUAGUUUUGUGAAAGAUAUGCCUAGUGUCGACGUUCGCCUUGGCCACGAUGUCUACACCUCCCACAAGUUCUGGGUUCAUGCCGACAACAUUAUGGAAGUGAAAACCUAUAUCCUUCGCCGCCUGCCGGUCUUGUUGUAUAAUCCGAAUGCGUCAAAGGACCUGGACCUGGGACAAGGCGACCCAACCAUCACUUCCCUCUAUUUUGACAAUCCUAGAUUCGACUUGUAUACCCAGAAAAUCGAGAGGUCAACAGGUGCUGGCUCCCUGCGGCUUCGCUGGACCGGAAACCUGAACGAUAAACCAGAGAUAUUCCUGGAAAAGAAGGUCAUGGGCGAAGGAGGAAGCAGCCGUGAAGUCAGAAUCAGUCUUAAGCAAAAGCGCAUUCAGUCAUUUCUCCAGGGGAAUUAUAAAAUGGAUAAGAUUGUCGAAAGGAUGAAACGACAGGAAAAUGCGGAUCAGAACCGCAUAGAUACCCUGAAGAGUGAUAUCGAGGAGAUUCAGGGUUUCAUCCGGGAUAACCAGCUCCAACCGAUGGUUCGAGCAAACUAUACGCGAACAGCGUUUCAAAUUCCGGGUGAUGACCGUAUUCGGAUAUCUUUAGAUACAGAUCUGGCUUUGAUACGGGAAGAUGCGUUGGAUCCAGAACGGCCCUGUCGAAAUCCAGAUGACUGGCACCGCCGUGACAUCGACGACAAUGAAAUGGAAUUCCCGUUCUCCGAUAUCAAGGCGGCAGAGAUCUCCAGGUUCCCGCAUGCUCUUUUGGAGAUCAAAGUGAGAGGAGACAACCAACGCAGAGCCAGCGCCGAAUGGCUUGCAGACCUUAUGUCAUCCCACCUGGUUAAGGAUGCUCCCCGAUUCUCUAAAUUCGUACAUGGAAUCGCUCAGCUCUUUGAAGAUCAGAUCAAUAGCUUCCCAUUCUGGCUCAGCGAACUGGAUACCGACAUCCGUCGUGACCCACAGACAGCCUUUGAGGAAGAACAGGAAAAAAUAGCAAAACGUGCCGAAGACCAAAUCGCCAUAGGAAGUUUCUUGGGGAACAAGACUCCGAUCAUCCAGCCUGUCGUAGGGUCGCCGAUUAACAACAGGUUUCCCUCUGAAGAAUCUUCAGAACGUACGAGACCUCGCACUCUCCAAAAGCUGGAACCAAGGCCUAUUCCGGCUGAUGUCCCGGAAGAGGAAGAAGAACAAGGAGAGGUUGAAACAAGGGCCCAACCAGGAGAACCGCCUGCCCAACAAUCGGCGAGUGCGCCUAGUUCUGUAGCUGAUGGCCUUCGUUCAAAGCUCCCCCGGUUCUCUAUGUCCCGAUACGCCCGCGCUCAUCGACAGCGCGCGGCUCCGCUCCCACCAGGAGUCUACGCACCUGGGACAUGGAUCAAGGACGCCGGACCCGUCCGUGUCGAAGCCAAAGUCUGGCUCGCAAAUCAACGCACCUUUAUCAAGUGGCAACACAUCUCCAUCCUCCUCGCGGCACUGUCACUCGGACUCUAUAACGCCGCCGGCCCAGCGAACCCCAUAGCACGGGCAUUAGCGAUUGUGUAUACAUGUUUUGCAGUAUUUGCCGGCGGGUGGGGGUGGUCUAUGUAUAUCUGGCGGUCAAAGUUGAUCCGGCAGAGAAGCGGACGAGAUUUCGAUAACAUCGCGGGCCCUCUGAUAGUUUGUCUUGGACUAGCCGUAGCGCUGGUGUUGAAUUUUUGGUUCAAGUAUGCCACGGUCUGGAAUGCAAGGCCAAGUCCCAGUCCUCCGCCCGUCCAAGGUGCCAGCUCGGGACUUGCAACAGGUGUCUCGCUUGGAACCGGUGUUGCGGACGAGCCGGUAUUGCAAUUUGUGAAGCAAGUUGGAAAUCCUUGA